AUGACUCAGACAAGCCCUACGGACAAGACCCAAGGGGUCAUAGAUGUUGAAGCAUUGAAGAAAGAAAUUCGUGAGCAAAUUUUAUCCGAACUGAAGGAACAAAAACAAGAACAAAAGCCAGAGAGACCAAAGAGAAAACUUAGUGAAAAACAACUUGCUGCAUUAGCUGCUGGAAGACAAAAGAACCCAAGACUACUGGCGAAGAAAGCUAGAGAAGAAGCUGAAGCAAA